AUGGGCCCUGAUGACGCGCUGUCUCUGCGCACAUCCAGAGCGCACACUCGCUCCAGAGCCCGACGCGAGGAGCGGCCCGUGCUGCUGUGGCUCCAAUCCCGUUAUAUCCCGCUCUGUCCUCCACUCACUCCGAUACGGCACCUCGAAACACCUCACCGCGGGGUUCUCCAGCUCAAACUCGUCCUGGAAGAGGUGGAAUUCUGGACCAUUCCCCACUGA